UAAAAUCCCUGGGCGGUGUGUGUUGGGCAAGCGCUAGGACGGGGAAGGGUUCGCUUCGGCAUCGGCAUCGGCAUCGGCAUCGGAUCGGAUCGGCUAAAUUACCGGCAUCGCCGGAUGGCGGCGGCGCUACUAGGGGAGGACGGCAGGGGCUACGAACUCGCUAGGAGGCUCGAUGGGUGCGGGGCAUGGCGUGCGUGGCUGGGCGACGGCGCCUACGCUGCCUUCGUUCACCAUCUCUCCUCCCCUGCUUCCUGGGAAACCUUCAUGUCCCCCUCGCCCAGCUCCCCCUCUAAUUCUCGGGCUCAUCUCCACUUACAGCUCCGCGUUCGUGCCCUCCUCUUUGACAAGGCAUCUGCCGCUCUCUUCUUCCACCCCGCCUCCUCCCCCGGAAACAGUGCUCCUUCCAUCUCAGAGAUUAAUCCCGACUAUCUGCAGUUGCAUGGUGAUGAUAUUUAUUAUUCAUUGGAAGAUUGCCAACAAGAUGGUGUUCAAAAUGAUCAAUGUAAUUCUCGGGGGAUGCAAAUGCAGCUAAAAACAGCAUUCAACACUUGCAAAGUAAAUGAGCAUUCUUAUGAGCGGGCUUCUAUUGUUGGCCCAAAGUAUCAUGAACCAGACAAUGUACGACAUAGGGUAGAGGAUUUGCCAGAGACAUGGUAUAACCAGUUUCUUCGUGAGUAUCGAUUGAGACAUCAUACAUUUCCAUAUUGUGACAAAGAACCUCAGAAAAGAACGCCUGAGGGAAUGUCUAUGUUUCUCAAAUUAAGUGAAACACAGAAAAGGAAGAGACAAGCUUGUAAGGUAGGCCCAAAUGUGGCCUCCAGAGAUUCUAUGGUGGAAAAUGGAGCUUCUGUGCAGUCAAACGUGGCUUCUGAUUUAUCUAUUUUGACUGAAGAAGAACAUACUUUUUUUCCAGAAAUGAUGUUCCCUUCUAAUUGUGUACCUGGUAGUGCAAUUCCGCCAAACAACAGCAUGGGGAAAAAACAAAAAAUUGAAGUCUUUGAGGUUCUAGAUAAUUUGCCUACCAUAAUAAGCCGAAACCCAGCCAUGAUUGAAAGAUUUGGCUUAAUGUCUGAGUAUUAUAAAAUGGGUAAAUAUAGGGGGAAGGACAGUUCUGGAGGGUCGAAAAAACCACUUGGUGUUGAGGAAGCAUCCAAGAUGACUCACAAAGUAGUAGCCAGUGCAUUGUUAAGAGUGGGGUUUGAAGCUGGAUCUGAAUCUUCUAUGGAAGUCUUCUCUGAGGUGUUAAGUGCACGAAUCUGCAAGUUAGGCCGCAUCUUGAGACUGUUAAGUGAUAGCUACAAAAAGCAGUUCUCAUCAAUUGAACUUCUUAAGAUGUUUCUGCAAACUGCUGGAUAUGGAAAUGUUGGGAUUCUAGCUGAGCUUAUAAAGGAUGGUAUCAAAGGCUUGACUCAGCAGACACAUCAAAAUGUCCGUAUGAUGCAGCCACAACAAAAUGCUUAUUUGCAAGCUCAAUUGCAGAGAAUGCAGCAGAUGCAUCGACUACAACAAAUGCAAAUGCUUAACCCACAGAACUUGGCAUUCCAACAGCACCAGCAACAAUUGUUACGGCGUCAAAUGUCCGCUCCUCGUGGUUCUGUAGUCAUGAUGGACAAAGAUCAGCCCAUGGUGGACGUCAAGGUGGAAAAUGUAAUGGAGUCUCCAGCAGGGAGCAUGUUCAACGCACUCAAUAAACAACAGUUACAGUUGCAACAUUUACAGCUUCGACAGCAAAUGGGUAUGUCGAAUCAGCAUGCUCCACCAAGCCAGCAGUUCAAACAAAUCUCAAAUGUCCAACUUCCUCAACUGCAAACCCAGAAUCCAUAUGGCAUGCGAACACCAGUGAAAGUGGAAGCCUUUCACGAAUUGAUGGGUGGAGACUCGACGAUAAAACAUGAUUCUGAGCAUAGUAAGUUGACCCCAUCUCAAUGAUAGGAGUUGAUACAUUACCUUAUGUUAAUGUAAGAAUCUCGGUAAUCGUCAUUGCUAAUCCCAUUAUACAUAUCAUCUUAUUUUGUCUUUGAAUAUUUUGUACUACUGUAUUAAGUUAUCUAUGGGUUGGAAAAGGAAGCAAAGCCUAUAUAAUACUCUCUGCUCGCUUCUUGUAAAGAUUAAUUAUAAAGGUCAGUUUUUGUUGUAGAAUGGAGGUCUCUGGAUUAUGACACCCAAGUAGUUCUGGAAUGGUACAGUGCUUUCCCUGCAACAUCUACAAUUAUUAAUGGCUUAUUACUUUUUAAAUA